AUUCGUGGAGAUCGACAGUUUGUCAUGAUAAGACUUAUUUCAGAGAAACCAAUAUCGAAGAAAAGCGCAAAACGAAUUCGUUAUGCCAUUCUUCUCGCUUAUCGUGGUCAGAAUUAUUUCGGUAUGCAGCUUCAAAAAGAAUAUCCAACUGUGGAAGGUUGCUUGCUAAAAGCUUUGCUCGAAAAUAAUUUUAUUUCUAAGGAGGAAUAUAAGGAUCCAUUUCUUUGCUAUUUCCAGCGUGCAUCAAGAACUGAUCGUUCAGUAUCCGCUGUUCGUCAGGUUUGUACCAUAAAAAUGCCAAAAAAUAACAAUUUUAUUACAAAUGGCAGUGAUAUUCUCAAUAUGAAAUUACCUUUAGAUAUUCGAAUUUUUGGCAUAAGACGAACGACACCAUCUUUUCAUCCUCAGAAAAGUUGUUUUGCACGAACAUAUUCAUAUACUUUACCUACUUUUGCUUUCGCUAAAAGUAAUGAGUUAACGUCGGCUGCCUUCAGGAUAACUGAUGAAACAAUCAAUGAAAUCAGUUCGGUGUUGCAGAUAUUCGUAGGAACGCAUAAUUUCUUCAAUUAUACAUCUAAAAAGCAAUACGAUGAAAAGAGUUGUUGUAGAUUUAUACAUAGUUUUAAGUGUGGACCAAAGCGGCUUUUCAGAGAUGAAAUUCGCAAUGAGGAUGUUGAAUUUAUUACGAUCUUUAUAAAAGGACAAAGUUUUAUGCUGCAUCAAAUACGUAAAAUGAUUGGUAUGGUAAUAGCUGUUUGUCGUGGGUUUGCUUAUAAGAGUGAUAUACAAAAAUCAUUCGAAAAUGCUCGUUUGGAUCUGCCGAAAGCACCUGGUCUUGGUUUAGUUUUAGAGAGGUUGCAUUAUGAUUAUUAUGAUAAAAAAUUCGCGAAUCUGCAUGGUUCAUUGAGUUACUGGGGCGAUACUAUCGAAAAUGCAGUUGAAGACAUGAGAGAGUGCAUUAUUAGCGAUAUUUUGAAAAAAGAAGUUACAACAUACAAUAUGUUAUCAUGGAUUUCAUCAUUGAUAAAUCAUGAUUUUUCUGAAAAUGACGACUCGGCAAUUCCUCCGCUGGCAAUUGCGGGAGGCAUCGCUCUUGGCAAGAUAACUGUGGUCCAAAACUCGAUGAAACGUUAA